AUGUCGGCCGAUAAACGGCUGCCCCUUGACAAGGACAAGCUAAAAAAGAAGUUUGAUGUGUCCCAUUUCGACAUCAAUGCCAUCAUCCGGGGCAUCCAGCUGACGCUGGUCGGCGCUCAUCGAGCUCUCCAGAAUCCCCAAAUGUUCACCUCGCAGCACUACAAACAAGCCGCCAUUGCCGUCGGUGUGGGCAUUGCCAUCCGCCUUUUGAUUGCUUUCCCCAUUUUUGGCAUCAAAGCGCUGCUAUGGUUCCUCUCCCUUAUCUUCCCCCUCGACCGGGUGUCCUGGGACGACUCGCUUGUCAAUGGCCUCAGUUUCAUCGAAGAACACGUCCUCCAAGCCCCGCUCUUCUUCAUGAGUCUCAUGCGCUACAUCACCCCGACACUUGAUGACCUCUUCAUGACCUCACUCCGCUGGGUCGACCAGACGUACGCGCAGAAACACAAGCACGAGGACCCGUCCCGGCUGCGGGCCAUGUACUACCCGCAGAUGCGGCUGUACCGGGCGACCGACGGCCGCACCCACUCGACCAGCGCCGCCGAGUCGGUCACGCUGUUCCUGUACCGCUUCGCCCGCCGGAGCGCCCUGUCGCUCGCCAUCUUCGCUGCCUCCUACAUCCCCUACGUCGGCCGCCUCGUGCUGCCCGCCGCCAGCUUCUGGACCUUCAACAGGGCGGUCGGUCUCGGCCCGGCGAGCGUCAUCUUUGGGACUGGCGUGUUCUUGCCCAGGCGGUAUCUGGUUAUCUUUUUGCAGAGUUAUUUCUCGUCGAGGAGCCUGAUGCGCGAGUUGCUGGAGCCGUAUUUUGCGAGGAUUAAGUUUACGUCCGAGGAGAAGAGGAAAUGGUUCCGGAGUCGGGAGGGGUUGCUGUUUGGGUUUGGGAUCGGGUUUUAUGUGCUGUUGCGGGUUCCCCUGUUGGGCGUGCUCAUUUAUGGUGUUGCCGAGGCGAGCACUGCCUACCUCAUCACCAAGGUGUCCGACCCGCCGCCGCCGCCGUCUCAGAGUGAGGGGUUCGCCCAGAGCCAGACCGAGUGGAGGAACAAGCAGAAGUUUCUCAGUCUCUCGCUCGCCAACCUCGACGCGCUUCACGAUAAGCCGCCGCCGUAUGCAGAGGUUGACCCGCAUCCUACGGCCGCUCAGCACAUCUCCGCUGGGCACAUAAUGGGCAGGACUGGAAUCAGAACUGUUUGCAAGGUCGACUUUGACAGGCCUGCUGCGGAACAGCCAUAUCUUCAUAACAGAUGGCAUCCUGAUAUCCCCUUCGCGGGUAGUAUCAGGGAUGGCGAGACAGUCAAAAUUGAGUGCCUCGACUGGACCGGUGGGCAGAUCAAGAACAAUGACUCGGCGGACGACGUAAAAAACGUCGACCUCACUCAGGUCCAUUAUCUUUCCGGGCCAUUCGAGAUUGAAAAUGCGGAGCCAGGGGAUCUACUUCUCGUCGAGAUUAUGGACGUUCAGCCGUUUGAGGACCAGCCGUGGGGAUUCACGGGGAUAUUCGAUCGGCGUAAUGGUGGCGGGUUCUUGGACGAGAUAUAUCCUUCAGCCGCCAAAGCCAUCUGGGACUUCGAGGGCAUAUAUUGCACAAGCAGACACAUCCCCCACGUCAAGUUCGCCGGGCUCAUCCAUCCGGGUAUUCUCGGAUGUGCCCCGUCCGCCGAGGUGCUCGACAGGUGGAAUACACGCGAGGCUGCACUGAUUGCGGCCAAUAAACUAGACCGCGAGGUCGCCCAUCCACCACAACCUCUCAGCGUGCAUGCGGGUAGCGCCAACAACGGGUUGAAGCAAAAGGUCGGCCGCGAAGGCGCGAGGACGAUACCAGGGCGCCCAGAGCACGGAGGAAAUUGCGACAUCAAAAACCUCUCCCGUGGCUCAAAAGUAUACCUCCCCGUUCACGUCCCCGGUGCCAAGUUCUCGGUCGGCGAUCUGCACUUCUCUCAGGGCGAUGGCGAGAUCUCCUUCUGCGGGGCCAUCGAGAUGGCCGGCGUCAUCACCAUCAACUUCAGCGUCAUCAAAAAGGGGGUGACCAACCUCGGCCUGAAGAGCCCCAUUUACAUCCCCGGGCCCGUCGAGCCGCAGUUUGGGCCCGGGCGGUACAUCUACUUUGAGGGUUUCAGCGUGGACGAGAGCGGGCGGCAGCACUACAUGGACGUCACAGUCGCCUACCGCCAAACCACCCUGCGAUGCAUCGAGUACCUGCGGCGGUUCGGCUACUCGGACUACCAGAUCUACCUGCUGCUGUCGUGCGCGCCGGUGCAGGGCCACGUCGCCGGCAUCGUCGACAUCCCCAACGCAUGCACCACCCUGGGCCUGCCCAUGGACAUCUUCGACUUUGACAUCUCGCCGUCGUCGGCGGCGGCGGCGGUCGUCGGCCCGCGGGAUAUGGGCCGCUGCGCGUUUGAGACGGGCAGGACGGCCGGGGAGGUGCGCCGGUAUGGCGGUGGGGGGAAUGAUGGCCCGGUUAGUUUUGGUGGGGGGUUGACGUAUAGAUAA